UUGCGGCUACGGCCACAAGGAAAGAGACACUAAGCCAAAUAUUUAUUAAAGGACUUACUUUAUACCUUCAGAGGCGGAGAAAAGUUGAUAUAUUAAUUAACUCGUGAAUAAGUCCGUCAGGCCAAAGAGUCACUUCGUUUCACGCAAGCGCAAUAGGGAUCUGUCAAGAUACGCCCUUAGGUAGUGUGAGCGCGGCGUUCAGCAAGCGCACACGAACGUUCAAUAUAGCGCCGAACAUUGACGCGUCACUAAUUCGUGCGAUUCCAAUUUGAACUCUAACGGAUACUGUGAGUUAAAAACGUUGCGUGUGCAUGAAUUAAGGAUGCGGUCUGAUGCUGGCGGUACCGCAGCCUGUGCUACCUUGGGAACUUGUUUAAAUUUUAAAGAGUUUCCGCGUAUUUUGGCUGUGUUUGUUGUAGUGUCUGUGAACGGUGUUCAUGAUGAACGAGCGAAGUUUAUCCCGGGUUACGAUUUGGACGAAAUUGCGGCGCUCUAGAAUGGAAUACAGAAUAAAAUCAGGCGAAUUCUUAAAAAAUCUACGUUUAUUGUAAAUAUAUUCAUAGAUAGGUAGAUAAUAUACAAAAUGUAUAGUGUAAAGUCUAUUGGAAGAACUUUAAUUGCUUUUCUCCUGCUGUUUGUGUCAACGCCGACGGCUACACAGAAUACCGUCCUUACAGCUGGAAGCUCACAACCCGUGAUGUCGAGCAAGGUGGUGACCGUGCCAGCGGUUGUAGGUGGCGAAGUGGAUCUUCCCUGCGACUCUCGACCACCAAUGCGGAACGAUAGUCUGCUGCUAGUUGUUUGGUAUCGAGAUGACAAUCCCGUUUACAGCUUCGACACACGAGCGUCAGAUGAUACGGGCCACUGGAUGGAAGAUGCGUUCAAAAAUCGAGCUCGGUGGAACAGUCUGCCAUCUACCUUACGCAUCCACAAUGUGCAGGCAAAAGACCGCGCCGUGUAUCGGUGCAGAGUCGACUACCAAAUAUCGCCAACAAGAAACUUUAUAGUUUCCCUCGACGUUGUCGAGCUACCCAAUAAGCCGGUGAUCUUUGACGAAUUUGGCAAAGAGAUAUCCGGGAUCGCGGGCCCCUAUAAUGAAGGGGGAAAAUUCAGGCUUAAUUGCACAGUGAACAGGGGUAAUCCUACACCUAAAAUCCAAUGGCUUCAAGGUGACACAGUUCUUGAAACGUUGGAUCCCAGUGUUUUUCAAGCAGGCCAGGGGAGGACGUUGGCCCUGGUGGUCAAAAACGUUACGCGUGCGCAUUUGUUGACAGUAUACACGUGUACUGCCGACAACACUCUUUUGUCUAAACCUCAGACCACGUCGGUGAAAAUCGACGUUUAUUUAAGACCGCUUACAGUGGAGAUUUUGUCUCGAGAGCAUCCACUGUCAGUCGGCAGAAUGACGGAGCUGUCAUGCAAGUCCACAGGAGCGAGGCCACCGGCCAAGGUCACGUGGUGGCUUGGAGGUCGGCAGUUGAACUCCAUAACAAAACAAAUGGAAUCGGAAGACGGAAAUGAAACACAGUCAUUGCUACGUUGGGCGCCCUUGAAAGAACACAACGGGCAAGUUUUAACAUGUCGUGCUGAACAUCCUAUGUUUAACUACUCAGCCAUCGAAAGCAAGCUACCACUGAAUAUUUACUAUGUGCCUGUGGCGACUAUACAUCUCGGCGCCAAGAUGAACCCAAACGACAUAGAGGAGGGGGACGAUGUCUACUUCGGGUGCGAGGUCGACGCAAAUCCGCCAGCUUAUAAAGUGGUGUGGGAACACGACGGAACGUUACUACAACACAACGCAGCUAGCGGAAUCAUAACGCACAACACGAACCUUGCGCUCCGCAACGUGUCCCGACACCAGGCCGGCAAGUACACUUGCACCGCAUCCAACGUUGAAGGCGACGGCAAGUCGCCAGUACUACAUAUGCAAGUUGUUUACAGGCCUUUGUGUCGAAAGAGAGAGAUAAAGAUGAUCGGAGCGGCCCUUCAAGAGCCAUCGAGCGUCGUGUGUGAGGUUGACGCCUACCCUGCCCCCGCCACUUUCGAGUGGACGUUGAAUAACUCCGCCGGCUUUAUAAAAGUCGAUCCAGAGCGAUUCACUGUCCAAACAGAAGAAGGCAAAUCUGUAUUGACAUUUACCCCAGUAUCCGAUGUGGACUACGGGACGCUGUUCUGCCGCGCGUCGAACCUGGCGGGACAGCAGGUGUCGCCGUGUGUGUACACCAUACUGCCUGCUACUAGGCCAGAGGCACCCUAUAACUGCACUGUUUACAAUCUAACUGAUGACUCAUUGGAUUUAGUCUGUGUUCCGGGUUACGAAGGUGGCCUCCAAUGUGUAUAUUUCGUAGAAGUAUGGGCUAAUGAAGGACUGGUUGUUAAUACUACUAAUAGUAUAGCUUUAUGGAAUCUAAGACGAUUAGGAGCUAAGAGGCAGCUACGCUUAAUCGUUUACGCCGUAAAUGUAAGAGGAAGAUCAGAACAUGUAACUUUAACCGUAGAAACUGCGCCCAGACUGUCACCUAGGACAGAGGCUCAGGAGGCGUGGGAGGUGAACUGGGCGCUGGGAGGAGUGCUCGGGGCCGCCAUUACCGUGGCUAUAGUGCUGUGCCUUGCCCUCGUUGCCACGAGGUUACGUCAAAGGGCAAGAGAUUAUGAAGUAACCAUACCUUCAUCGAAGACCCACAAGGCGACUCUGAUGCGAGGCUCGCCCAUCGGCGACGAGCGCAACCCAGACUUAAUACCUCUAAGUAAAGGUGUGAACUGUCCGCCCGACCCGCCGCUGUACUCCGCUGUGGUAGCGUCGCCCGAGCCGAAACACUCUGGCAGCGCCCACAGCAUCGUACGCACUUCACCGACCACGCCUAUAUCACAGCACGCCGCUUACGCUGACUCACAGAGUGAAUCUGGUCGGAGCGGUGUCAAUGGCGCGGCGAGGUCGCAUCGAGAGGUGGUUACGACGAGAACGCCCUUGCUGGCGGCUCAUCAAGAAAGUUGCGUUUAAUAUUGGGUACUCCUUGUUUCAUAU